AUUAGAGCAAAUGAAAGAAUAUAAAUAGUUUGAAUAAUAAGGACUAAGUCAAUACACAACAAACAACAUAAGCAAGAAAACUUCAUAAUGUUUAAAAUGUUGAUUUAUGGAUUCGCAUUGUUUUGGUUGACAUCAGUGACCACAUUAGAAACUGAAAGUGAUGUAGAGGUUCGUUUACUCGAUAAUAAAAAUGGUUCAUUAAUGGCUACAUUUGACAUGUUUAAAGCAUACGAUCGUGUUAAGCAGUUUGUAAGUGAUGCUAUUAAAACGAAAAUGACAGAUAUAGAGAAGAAUUUUAAUCAGCAAAUUGAAAAUAUUGAAAUAAACUUGACUGUUCAUUUUACGGUUAACCUACAUGGAAUAGUUAAUGAAAACGAAAAAACGUGUCCACUGGAUUAUUGUCUCCACAAUGGAACAUGUACUGUGCUGGGUAAUUCUUUCAACUGUGUUUGUCAGGAUGGAUACAACGGAUCAAGAUGUGAAGAAAAAACUAAAAUUACUAAACUAAGACCAAAAGACUGUGAAGAUAUAAUGCCAAAAGAACACAAUGGAAUUUAUACAAUAUUUCCUAUAUCCAAUGACAAUGGUUUUGAAGUGUAUUGUGAUUUUAAAACGGAUAACGGUGAUUGGACGGUAUUUCAGAGAAGAAUAAACGGUCAAACAGACUUUUUCAGAGGAUGGGAGGCAUAUGAAAAUGGAUUCGGUAAUUUGGAUGCUGAAUUUUGGCUCGGUAAUCGGAAAAUAAAUGAAUUAACGUCGAAUGGAAUACAUGAAUUACGGGUAGAUCUUACUGAUUUCGAUGGCAACACAGGAUUUGCAAAAUAUUCGACCUUCUGCGUUGGAAAUGGGUCCACCAAUUACAAACUCACAGUUAGUGGAUAUAGUGGGAAUCUCGGAGAUAGUUUGCCGUUCAAUAAUGGAAUGAGUUUUACUACAAGAGACAGGGAUAAUGAUCGUUCGGUAAUUAACUGUGCAAAUACUAACAAUGGAGCCUGGUGGUACAAGUAUUGUACAUAUGUCAAUCUAAACGGAAAAUAUCUUCAAAAAGGACGGAUUGACGGCAGGGGUAUUACUUGGUACAAAUGGAAGUCUUCACGCUAUUCAGUGAAAUCAUCUGUAAUGAUGUUAAGAAAAGUUCCUUAACCAGGAUAAAAAUAAAAAUGUUUUAUUUCA